UUCCUUUUGGGCCGGGUUGGGGGUUGGGGCGGUCAGGUGGAGCCUGUGCGCUGGGAAGGCUGCCGGGUCAGAAAUACCCGCCCAGACGCCAGCCCAAACUCUGGUGCUCCCAGGCAGAAGGUGUGGGGAGGGUCUUGGUGUCCAGUGGGGACUGUCACUCGCCAUGUGUUGAGUGUCUCCGGUGGUCCCGAGUCGUGGUUCUGGACCAAUGGCACUGAGGUUCCUGGGAGUUAGGGACGCCGGUCACAGUCUGGCCAUGACCCCAGGUCUUGGGGAUGAGGUGUGCUGCGGGGACUGGCCUGUCCACGGUGCUCCUCCCUGGGCAGCGGCCCGCCCCUCCAGGUCCUGUCCUCCUGCCCCAGCGCGGGCACUGCCAACAUCUGAGGAAGCCACAGGAAGCAAGAGGCUUCCUUCCCAGCUGCCCCACUGGGGCAGCGCCGCCCCCCCGCCAGGCUGACCUGGACACCGUCCUGCAUCUAGGGUCACCCCGGGCGGUCCCUCUGCCUUCCCCAGGUGCCCGCCCCUACCCUCCUCUUGUGCUCUGAGACCCCUUCUUCCUAAAACCACGGCUCUUCCCAGAACCUCUGGCUGAAACCCCCACCCAGCGCCCCACACCCCUUCCUGACACUCCAGGCCCGCGUCCACCCGCCCCCUGCCCACAGCCCCCUUGGGACCCUCAGCCUGUGCCCAGCACUGCGGGACGGGGGCACCCAUGUUCCCGAACCCCCUGGGACGGGGCAGGCGAGACACCCUGACGCCCCGCCCGCACGCUUGAGCAGCGCCUGCACCUCCCACCUCCCCUGGAUCCCUGGGCCCAUCCUCCCCGUCCUAACCUCGGGGCCCUAAUCUGGGGACCCUUCCCACGGCAGCCCACGCAGGUGCCAGAGGGGGCUCGGCUCGGAGCGCGGCUUCUUGCAGGCACGCGCUCUGGGGCCCUCUGGGCUCCCCCUGUGUCUGGGACCGAGGACAAGACGUGUGGCCUCGAAGCUCACAGGCCGGGCCCGGGGGCAGACGGAACGAGGUUCCGGCAGCAGGGGUGAGGCUGGCUGCUGCCGCGGGCAUGCAUCUCCGCAAGUGAGGAGACGUGUGGGUGCGGGACAGGAAGGAGGAAACAGGAUGGGCCCCAGGGGCGGGGGACGGUGUGGGGGUGUCUCGGGGGGGCAGCGUGGGGUGAGGGGUGUGGAGGCCCUGGGGAAGACAGCAGAUACUCAGAAAUCCCGGGGACUUCUGGAAGAGCCCGGCGCAGGAUGUCAGGAGGAGGGGCCCGCGGCAGGUGCCACCCCAGCCUCGCAGCCGGGGUCUCGUGAUGUGAAGCGCCGUCUACCUGUCGGCCUCGGUGUGCGCGGCCCCAGAUGUGCCGCCCAGUGUCCCAUUGCCAUGAGCCCAGUUUGGGGCGUGGGUGUUGGGUGUUGGGGCUUCUUGUCUGCUUCUGCAGCACAGCGGGGGGAACGCUCACCCCUCAGUAGGGAGUGUGCAAGUGCCUGUGUGAGUGCGGAGGGUCGACACCCGUGGGGCGGCCUCCUCUGCACAGCUGGGCCACCCGCGGCGGCACAGGGGACCGGACACCUCGGACAGCCUGUCGGGGCACAGGCACGACACAGCACAGAACGCAUUUGCAUAAGCCUGGGGCAGGGGGCUCGUGCGUCAGCUCUUCCUCACAAGGGCUCCAGAAGUGUCCACACAGACCCGCCCAUUGCCGGCCGUAGAUGUGACCCCUGGAACAGGGAAGCAGCCACUGCCCGUGCCCCGGGGCUCCCUGCGGGUCCCCGCCGGUCUGCUGCCCCUCUCCUCCGCCCCAGAGCAAAUCCCGGUCUCCCAAAGGGGAGCUUUACCGAGGCUGUGCCCAAGCUUCUCCACGUCCAUGUCUGUGUCCCUCAAGAUGAGAAGACUGCAUGCUGUCACAUCUGUGUCCCUGAAGAUGCCAGGGGCAUCCCACGGGCCCUCAGCCCCGCUCUGCUGCCUCCCACCAGGUUUCCUGACAGCUCCCUGCCCCACGGGGCCACCCUCCUUCCGUCCAUCAGGGUGUGGGGGCCGCGUGGCCUCUGAACUCACCGGGGCCCAGCUCCUCUGACCUCAUAAUGAAUAAAUCACAGGGAGCCCUUGCCACCCUGAGCACCCCAGCACGCGGCGCGUCUGAGCAGGGCCCCUCCACGCUGCCGCAGCCUCGUCUGAAUCCGACAAACGCGGACACUGGGUGUUUUCCAGAACACAUAUGUCCUCGUGUCCCUCUGGACCCACGUCUGUGUGGAGCACAGAAGGGAACGGGGUGGAGGUGGCCCUUCCCCUGGCAGCUGCGGCCGCGCGGGGUGGGUGGUGGUGGACCAUGGGCCCGCUCGUCCUCCCCGACCAGCGCUGCCCGCAGGUCCCGCACUGCCUCGUGCUCCAGCCCCAUGGGCCGGCGGGGCAGCGCCUUGAGUGGCCAGUGGCCUUCCCUGCUCUUCUGCCAGGACUGCUUGUGGCCCUGGGGCUGUGGCGGAGGCUGGGGUGGGGGGGCGGCCGUCCCAGGGGGCCCGGAGUGGGGCAGCUGGCGGGAAGUAGCCGGAGCUUCUCUGCUGGGUACCCCCGGCAGCCAUGCUGAGCUUCUGGGGGCCCUGAGGAGCGGCUUCUCCUGCCCCUUCAGCCAGGGCUGAACGUCCAGGGCCCCGGCAGUGCGCGGUGUGGCCGGCGGGUGGUUGGCCAACACCUGCGACCUGCGCUGCCGAGCAGGGUGUGUGUCAGACUCCUACCAGCAGGAUCUCCCCUCGGGGCGUGCAGCCUUGACCAGGUGCUCCUGCUUGCCCUGCUGGCGGGUCCCUGCAGAGAUGGGGUGCCGCAAGACCUGCGCAGCUCCCGACAUGUCACCUCAAGGCAGGUACGACCCCCACACCUGGACAGGGUUCAUUGCUGGACCCGAGGACCCACAGACAGGGCUCCAGCUCCCGACGGCCUCAGACCCGGGGCCGGUCUCCAGCACCUACCAGGCCGAACUUAGACGUGCAGUUCUCGACUCCGGCCAGGUCGGGUAGUGAUUUCUCCCCUCCGCGUUCUCGUCUGCGCAGCAGGGCCCUGCUCGCAGCAGGGCUGGGGUCGGCGCCCGGCCUCCUGUGUGUCGCACGGGGAUGGGGGCAUGAGUUCUCGCUGCCGCCUGAGGCCAGAGCGGGCACUCGGAGCGGAAGGGACACCUGCAGUGGGCGGUCUCAGGGUCCUGGGCGGGGACCUUAGCCAGCACCCACUGCCCCAGAGGGAACAGGAGGAAGGCACAGGAUGGCACAGCCUCCAGCCGGCCCCGGGCAAAACCCAGCACCGCCAUCAGGGGUGCCCUGCCAGGGUCAGGAGAGCUGCAGCGUUACUGCCUGCGGCAGGGAGAGGGCCAGCGCGAGUGGGGCUGCCCAGUCACCGUGACACGCCCAGGGUACCAGAGCGUGGCGAUGGAGGGUCUCGGGGCCAGUCCGCCACUGCCCUUCGAACCUUGCCCGCCUCUCAGACACCGAAGACACGCAGCUCCAGCCAGAGAGGUCCCGAGGUGGUGCCCUCACCCCGGUGGCCGGCCGUGCCCGACCCCUCGGCCAGCAGCCCGAUCUCUGUGCCCAGGUGCCCAGCUUGGGGCUCUGUCGUGAGGGCACAGCCCUGAGGCCUUGCAGGCAGCAAGUGGUGGGCGGGGCUGCUCCCACCGAGGACAAGCCUGAGGACGGAGCCGGACCCCAGCCCCUCGCAUGACGUGUGCGCACGGCCUCCUGUCGGGCCCCCGGGCUCCUCUGGGAGCUCCGCUUCCAGCCUGCAGCAAGGGGCUCCCGGUCUGAAAGAGGGACCAGGCGUUUCCGCCACUCACCCACCCCUGACCACACGGACAUCCCGCCCUUGGGAGAUGGGGCGCGGACCGGUAACCAGAGGCUCGGGGAGUGCCCACCACCCUAUGGGCUCAGGGUCGCCCAUAGGUGGUGGGCACAGGGUGUGCGGGUGGGGCUGCCAGGGUGUCUGAGCAGGGGAGCCCCUCACCCUGGCCUGCGGCGACUCCUUCCUCCUACAGGAAGACUCAGGGCUGACGGUCAGCUUCACACGGAGGGUCUCGGUGCUGCCACAGGAGCGGUUCACAGGGGCACCGACGGCCUGGUGCAUGGCGUCCAGCAGGCUGGACAGGUCCUGAGGACGGCCAUGACGUCACUGGCAGGCGGCCCUCCGCGGCCUCCGGCCGACUGCCCCCACACACACCCGUCUCCGCGACCUUUCCUCCCCCUGAGCCCAGCUGUGUGCGUGCCGCAGGCCUCCCGGGCACAGCCGGGCUGUUACUGGGAUCCCGUCUCGGGACGCUUAAAUUGGACACUAAAUCUGUGUUCAGAGCCCUCAGCUGUCAGUGGUCAUGUGCUGCACAGGCCGGCAGGGGACAGUGUGCUGGUGCCCUACGGCCUCCCCGCCCACCCCGGGGAAUCCAUCCUAAGCCAGAGGCCUGGAGGGGUCUGUCAGAAGCAUGGACAGUAGCUCCUGGAACCGCCUGCCUCCCGGGAGAGGCCCCGGCCUGUCCUUCCCUCCAGAGACGGGGCAGUAGGGGCCGCCCAUAGGUGGUGGGCACGUCACUCCCUGGUGGCCUGGCCACUGUGAUUGAAGCUGUAGAGCAUGAAUGUCCACUCCUGCUGGCUGUCCUCCACCACAGGGAUGUCACACUGCAGCGCCUAUGGGGACACGGAGGUGGGCGGGGUCACCCUGGGGUCCAGGGCCUUUCUGCCCCCCACCCCGGAAGACCAGUCCCUCCCCCAGCUCCAGGCGGGUUUCUGUAUCCUUAUUAUGCUUGGGAAGCACCUCACCUUCUCUGGUGUCAUGGUGCCCAGUUUUGACUGAAUCCACAGUGACACACCCGCCCCCGCCGCCCGCGGCCUCCCCAGGGCCGGAUGGAGCGAAGCCUACGUUGAUGCUGAGGUGCUUUUCGUCCACCUCUCGUGGGCCCUCCCGGCUUGCUCUCUCUCCAUCGAGCCGAAGAUCUGCCCUGCACCUCCGCGGGUCUCAGCCUUCCCAGCGGGGAGUGCCGCGGGAGGGGGGAGGGUUGGGAAGGAUCCCUCCCGGGCCCAGAUGGGGACGCGGGCAGCAGGUGCAGUAGGUGGGGCCGGAAAGCCACAGAGGCCUCGCCAGCCUCUGACCCCCUCCACCGAGGCCUGACCCGAGAGCCCACCUUUCAGAGCCAUGGGCAUGGCAGUCUCCGCCGGGCUAGCCAGGAGCAGGCGUGGGGGCCAGGUGUGCCAUCCCCGCGCGGGCACACAGAGUGAGAAGGUCCCCAGCAGGCCAGUCCCAGGCUGAGGGGCCCCUGCGAGGGCGACUGCCUCUUCUGGCUCGCCCUCCCCACCCACACGGUCCAGUUUCCCCUGGACGCCAGGACCCAGGGGCAUGUCCGUGUGGUGCAUGUCCACUGGGUAGCACCGCAUGCCCAAGCUCUGGGGAUGGGUGGAUGGCCAGUGCCCUUUUAUUCUCUGGGACAGGAGCCCAGGCCUGUCCCAGCUCAGCAGGUGCUGACGAGGGCUCACCACCACCCCCCCCUCCAGCCGCUUAUGGCACCUCCUACGACAACAGGGGCAGGGGCUGGGGGGCGCCUGCCAGGCAGAAGCCCCUUGGUCUCCUCAGCCCAUCUCAAGACCAGCUCCAGAAAGAUGGGCUCCCUGCCCACGCGGAGGGCAGUUUAGGGAGGGCGGCUGCAGAGUGAAGGUUCACAGUGAAGGUUCAGUCCCCGGACCGCACAGACGCGGACGACGUGGAGAAGGAAGUGGCAACCGUGUGAUCAGGGAGGCCCCCUUGGAUCAAAGGGUCCCCCGUGGCAUGGACGCUGGCCACCCCAGGAAGCAGAGCCCUUCCCAGGGUGGCUGUCGGGUGGCUGGGUGCCCAGGGCUGCCCAGAUGUCUCUGGCUCUGAGCCGGCAGAGGGAGGAAGGGGAAGCCACGUCUGCAUGCGGACACGGGCCCCUUGGCCUCGCGGCGGGAGUCCUCGGGAACCUACGGCUGUACCAUUUCUGCUGAUGGGCCACUGGGCCCCCAUGUCUCCGGGGCCGCAGACUCCGGCCUGGGGUCCAAGUUGGCGAGGAACCCAGGGACACCCCCCAAGAAGGGCACCCGACCCCCCUGGAUGUGCGGGCUGCCCCGGCAGUAACAGGGGUGGAGUGGGCCUCCGUCUACCACAGCUUGGUUAGGGUCCUAGCAAGGGGUGGUGGAAGGUCCCCGACGGACCCAUUGCCACCCCCAGGCCAUGGGCGGGGACGGGACGGGACCCUGCUCCCAUCCGCAAAUGGGCCUGAGGUCAGCGCCUCAGCGGUGGGGGAGGGACCCCACUCCAGCUCUCCUCCUGGUGCCCAGGCAGACGAGGGUGAGAAGCCUUCCCACGGGGCACUCCGGGUGACAACCCGCUGGCCAGGGCACAUCGGGUGUGGGCAGCUUGGGGGCCGCUGUCCGCCACCGAGCAGCCUCGUCCCUGGUCCCUCACAGUGUGGCCAAAGCAUCUGGAGCCCCCAGGGGUGGCCUGGCAGCUUCCUCACACUGGUCCAGGCCCGUGGGGAACCACAAGCGCCAGCCUGAGGUGCCAGGCUCCGCAAGUUCUGUGUGGGUUCUGGGUCCCCAGCCCCUGCCGCACUCCCCGGUCACCCGGUAAGAGGUCCGAUGCCGCCAGCCAGGCCCUUCCAGCACCCUCCCGCCCGCACCGUCGUGGGUGGCCUGUGUCUACCAGCAGGAGAAGGGACACAGGCCGUCUUCGAAGCUGGAAUACGUCAGGUGUCACGCUUCUGCAGUGUCUGCGUUCUGCGCUCGAGGCCCAACAAAGAACAAAGCAAAAAUCAUGAAAAAACUUGGAACGUUCACCCACAUGUACAGGCUUCAGCGGGAGGUGCUGAAGAGAGACUUGAAAUGCACCGAAAAUACUUGGGCCCAGGGAAACAGAGACCCCCUUCACCCUGGGUCCCCACUGGCCCUGGUUUGGGGAGGACCAGCCCAGACGGCCCCCUCCACAUGCAGAAAGGGGUCUCCGGGGAGGGCAGCCCAGAGGGACAUCCGCAGGCUGAGGGGCAAGUGUACAGCAGGCGCGUCUGGCCGCCAGGGAGGAGCCUGCCCAGGGCUGACAGGCCGCGGGCAGCAUCCGUGUGCCUGAAGUGUAGGGUCUCGGCAGGACCGCCAAUCCCGCAGGAUGAGCUCUGGCUGCAUUGCUGAGGAGUCCAGGAGCGUGUGGGGCCCUUGUGCCACUCCAGGGUGUCCCGGGGUCCGAGAAGCCCAGCCUGGCCUCACCUGCGGCAGGGGGCUGAGCUCCCGCCCCAGUGGACGUGAGGACAGAUGCUGCCGCUUCCCCAAACCUGGUUUGGGGUUAACCUUUUUCUGUAGGACAGAGCAAGCCAUGAGGCCGAGGCCCCGCCUCUGUGACGAGCGAGGGGCGUGGGGCUUCCCAGGACGCUGGCCUCCCCCGGGGAAGGAUUGGGCACCGGACGGUUAUGUCCACAGAGCGUGAGGACAACAGAAAUCAUGUCACAAAGGGUGGUUGGCUGAGGCCCCACCAGACUUCCCCUCGGGACCCAGCU